AGACAAUCCAUCAUCAACAAUUCAGACUCGACCCUGGCAAGGAGCUAGUGGUCGAUCAUAAAGUUGUCUUAGCAGCAGCUGGGAUAACAAGGUUGUGGAGUGUUCGGCCUCCACAGAAGACAUUGGAGGGCCAUGUCAUUAUCUUCAUUGAUAUCAAAUUUCUUCUCUUCGCCUGCCUCUUCGAAUAGCUCCUCCGCCCAGGCGGUCAGCCAUGUAGAUGUCGGUCAUGGGAUCAGCCCGGGGGUUGCCGACACUCCAGAUUUUGGAACAGGCCAGAGAGGGCAUACUUUGACAGACUUGGACAUCGACGAUGCGUACGUUGAGACCGAGGGGCGGCCGCCUUAUCUUCAUUCCAUAAUAGCUGGAGGCCUUGGAGGAACGACAGGUGAUCUCCUUAUGCACUCGCUAGACACGGUUAAGACGAGACAACAAGGCGACACUCAUAUUCCUCCGAAAUACACGUCAAUGUCAGCAUCUUAUCUUAAGAUUCUUCGGCAAGAAGGAUUUGUCCGCGGACUAUACAGCGGAGUUACACCUGCAUUUCUCGGAUCUUUCCCAGGUACAUUGAUAUUUUUCGGGACGUAUGAAUGCAGCAAACGGCACAUGAUAGAUUUCGGAGUCAUACCUUCGGUUGCCUACUUGACUGGAGGAUUUCUCGCCGAUCUCGCUGCAUCUACAGUCUAUGUCCCGUCUGAGGUUCUCAAAACCCGUUUGCAACUCCAGGGUCGCUACAAUAACCCUUUCUUCCAUUCUGGAUAUAAUUACCGAUCUACUCUGGAUGCGGCGCGGACCAUUGUUCGGCAAGAAGGAUUUUCGGCUUUGUUUUACGGUUAUAGAGCGACAUUGUUUCGAGACCUUCCCUUCUCAGCAUUGCAAUUUGCCUUCUACGAACAGGAGCAGAAGUGGGCCAAGGAAUGGGUUGGAUCAAAAAGCAUCGGCUUACCGUUGGAAAUUUUGACAGGCGCAUCUGCGGGAGGCUUAGCGGGCGUCAUCACGUGUCCGUUGGAUGUUGUGAAGACUCGCAUACAAACACAAAUUAAUCCAGCGGGUAGUGAGCAGUCCUCUGCGCAGCAGGCUCACUCCAAACUUUCUCUCCAAGAAGCUGCGAAGCGGAGUGGUCGUUUACAUGCACCGUCCAGCCGGCGACAUCAAAUGCGGCUUAUCUCAACCUCGUCCCCAUCCACCUCGACCCCUCGCCCGGGAUCGGAGACUCUCGAUACAUCUUCAGUGCUGACAGGUCUGGCUCGCAUUUACAAGACCGAAGGAAUUGCCGGGUGGUUCCGCGGCGUGGGUCCGCGAUUUGUGUGGACAAGUGUGCAAAGUGGCACUAUGUUAGUGCUCUAUCAAGAGCUUCUCCGCCAGCUCGAGGCCCACCCUUUGUUUAAUACCGGCUCCAACGAAGGUAGCGCGAUUGCUUGAGUCUUGGGGAAAGCAGAGAUGAAUGCGAAAUUUGGAGCAUUUUUGAUGCCAAGGUCAUUUACCGACGAAGGGCAUUUGAGCGAUUGAUGGGCGAGCUUGUACAUUAUUACAUCGGGUGCAUCCGAAGGAGUUUUCUUUUUUCCUUAUUCCACUUUCCGGUCUGCGACCAUGACUGACAUUCAAUUCGCGUAUGUAUAGAAAUACUUAGACGGAGAAUCUUCAGCAGUUGUCUUCGGCUUUUUUUUAGGUUUUGUUUUCAAAAUUACACGGACCUGUACCAAUAGCAUGCGGAGCAUCAAGCACACUUCAAUGAUAGACAGAUAGUGUGCAAAUAGUAAAAGCUUUUAGUUUGAAUGAGAUGGACAUAGCGAGCA